AUGGGCUCUAACAUAGCCAGAAGGUUUGCAGUUCUUGUAGGAAUUGAUUUAUACGACCAUGAGCCUGAUCCCAAGAAGAGCAACAACCUCCGGGGCUGUGUCAAUGACAUUAAAUCGGUCUCGCAGUUCCUCCAAUCCGAACUUCAAAUCCCUCCUUCGCAAAUCACAACACUAGAGGCGCCCAAUGUGAAAGGAUCGAAGAUUGAUUUUUCAGUCAGUCACGCACCAACUCGGAAAAACUUGCUAUCAUCACUGCAAUCGCUCGUGAAUGAGCCUCCAGGAGCAUUCAUUUACUUCCAGUACUCAGGUCACGGUUACCGCUAUCGGAGACGACUGAGAAAGGGGGAAAACAGAAACAGACGUCACAAGGAGUUUCUCUGCACGUGGGAAACGUGGACCACAGAUACAGAGCUGGGUGAUAUCCUUGAUAAGCUCUCUGAGAAACACACUGUCUGCGCGGUCCUGGACUGCUGUCAUUCCGGAGGAGCAGAUCGAGAUGCCAUCCAGGACGAAGCCGCACGCAGCGAUGAAGAGCAGGACGAGGAACAUAAUGGAGAUCAAACCGAAGACGUAGUGAUUCGAUCUUUCAAUCCUUUCAGCGGAGAAACGCCUUCCCUGAUGAGUGAUUUAGAUGAUGGUGGUGACUCCGAAAAUGAAGAGGAUGAGUUUCCAAAUUUCAAGGGCCGUCCCAGCGGAAUGAGAGAUGCAACUCUUCCGACUUCUGAUCUUUAUCGAGAACGGAAGUACAACCUCAUUGCCGCCGCACAGGCCAGUGAAGUGGCCACCGAAUGCACCUUCGUUGUGAAAGGUGGCAAACGUGUUAGGAGCGGAGUGUUGACUCAUUACCUGCUACAGUCACUUAGCGAGUUACGAGGGUCUACGGACCGUGUGACAUAUCGACUGCUCCAAUCCAGCGUUGAUGCCAGAGUCAAGAACUUGAAGCUUGGACGAAGGAGAUACAGGAUUCAACAGCAUCCACUGCACCUCGGGAACUCAAGUCGAUUUCUAUUCUCAUCUGAUUCCAGUGCUGAGAGCUCACUGGAUCUUCUGGCCAAUGUCAACCAUAAUACUAGCGGCACAGUGACAAUCGACCGAGGCGCAGCAAACAAUGUGUCGGUUGGCGACAGAUUUUGGCUGCGUCCGUUCAAGGAUGCAGCCUUUGGACUAAUUACCGCGCAAAGUCAAGGUGCGUUGGUAUUUCAGGUCGACAAUGUACAAGAGUUAGAAUCGACAGCAUCUUGGUCUCAUCCAGCAGCCCGGCCCCUGGCUAAGGCCGGAUAUAUUGCACAGCUUUUGGAGCGUACUCCCAAAACCAGAAUGCGUAUUCAUCUACCAAACAUGCUCUCAGAGGACGCGCUGCGCAUCAAACAAGAAUGUGCCAAAUACGAAGUCCGUUCACUGCCAAUGGACUUGAGUUUCACUUCUGGCGCCAUGGAACCUGGUGGGAAGGUCGACUUUAUUGUCACGGUAAAGCAAAAGUUAGGUCUCGAUGUCCAAAUCAUUGCGUCCAACGACCAGGGCAAUACUCGUGCCACUCCCGCUAUCGGACCGGACAACCCAAAACAACUCAUGGAGGUGCUACAUCACUUGUGUACCUAUCAGCUAGCUGCGAAUAUCAACUUUCCGAGCAUCACAAACCCAGGGGUUCUGUCGACUUUAUACGAUUUUGAUUGCCUGCAGCAAAACCCUGAUGGCAAAUCUCCACCCGGGGCCGUUGCCAUGUGCGAACUCAAAUUCAAAAAUCGAUCACCCUCUCCGGUUUACAUAACCAUCUUAAAUCUGACUCCAGCCUUUGGCGUCCAAGCGAUACUCCCUGGGCCAGAGUCCAGCAGCGAACAGGUCGCGCCCGGACUCGAGAAAACCGAAAUCAUCGACAUGUUCGUACCAGACUUUUUGAAGCACAAAAAGCAGCUAAUGGGCAAUAAACAGCAACCUAUCGAAAUGAGAGAUGUACUCAAGCUUUUCGUCGUCACGCAGAAAACGGACUUCCGGCACUACCAAAUUCCAAACUUGGAGAUAGACCACAACAAGGUCGAUAUUGCAUGGAUCGGUCCGCAGACAAAGCAUCUACUCUCUGAGAAAUGCGUCAUCGAGGAGAAAGUGAUUUCGACAUUGGUGUGA